ACAUGCAAGUGGCGUCCCUGUCUCAGUCGUCUAUUGCUCCGAGGGUGUUUUGGUAAUCUUCGCGCGCCAUCGACCGGUUUCUCGUUCCUCCCUCGUUUACCCAGUGAGUCAACUCAUCUCCUUCUACUCGACCGCCCCAAAAAAAUAAAAGGCGCUGCAGCUGACUUAACUAGAACUCAGUCGCCCUCGUACAAUGCUAAGUUCCACUUUCCACAACCUCCUCCCCCUCGGAGUUUCUCUGCCGGCCUCUAACCUGCGCAGGAAGUACAACGCCAGAUUCCUCUUCCUCCUCCUCCACUCCAACCGAAGGUUCCACGCGUCAUCCACCAUCUGCAGCAGCAGCAGCAGCUCCCAACAGACAAGCGAACAAUUAUUGGUGGUGGUUGGUGGUGGUGCCGCUGGAGUAUAUGCUGCAAUUAGAGCCAAAAAUUUAGCUCCGCAUUUGGGUGUGAUGGUUGUUGAGAAAGGGAGGUUUCUAUCAAAGGUAAAGAUUUCCGGAGGAGGACGAUGCAAUGUGACAAAUGGUCAUUAUGUUGAUAAAAUGGUCUUGGCAGAACAUUACCCUAGGGGCAAUAAAGAACUGAGAGGAUCAUUCUUCAGCAUGCAUGGCCCGAUGGAUACUAUGUCUUGGUUUUCUGAUCAAGGUGUUGAGCUUAAGACGGAGGAUGAUGGCAGGGUGUUUCCUGUCAGCAAUAGUUCAUCCUCUAUAAUUGACUGCCUUUUGCUUGAAGCAAGGAGGAAUGGAGUUUUUCUGCAGGCUGGCAAAGUUGUAACAAGUGCAUCUAAGACUAUUAGUGGGAAGUUCCUACUCAAGGUUGAAAAACGGACAAUUGAUCUAGUUGAACAUAUUGAAGCUGAUUAUUUAUUGAUUGCCACUGGGAGUAGCCCACAGGGUUAUGCUCUUGCCGGUCAACUUGGUCAUUCAAUUAUAGAUCCAAAUCCAAGCUUAUUCACUUUCAAAAUUGAGGACACAAAAUUGGCAGAUUUGUCUGGGGUAACAUUCCCAAAAGUUAAAGCAAAUCUGAAGUUACAAAAUAUCCGCAGGAAUAUACCUCAAUUUACGCAGGUGGGGCCUAUGUUAGUGACCCAUUGGGGACUUAGUGGGCCAGUGAUCCUCCGUUUAUCUGCUUGGGGAGCUCGUGAUCUGUUUGCAACAGAUUACACAGGAAUGUUGUUUGUCGAUUUUGUGCCUGAUUAUUCUAUAGAAGAUCUGAAGCACAUUCUGAUUCAACACAAGGAUCAGCUUGCGAAGCAAAAGUUGCUCAAUUCACAUCCUCCACGGUUUAGUUUGGUGAAGAGAUUUUGGAAAUAUCUGCUGGAACGUGAGGGUUUAGAUGGAGAUAUCUUAUGCGCUUCCGUGCCAAAUAACUCCUUAUAUUCGCUUGCUUCUCUGCUAAAGCAAUGCCCGUUUAGGGUGAUAGGAAAGGGUCAAUUUAAGGAUGAGUUCGUCACUGCCGGAGGGGUCCCACUCUCGGAGAUUACACUCAAUACCAUGCAAAGCAGGAUACAGCCUCAUCUUUUCUUUGCUGGAGAGGUAUUGAAUAUUGAUGGUGUAACUGGUGGGUUCAACUUUCAGAAUGCUUGGUCCGGUGGCUUCAUUGCAGGUACAACCAUAGCUAAAUUAGCAUCGGGCACUUGCCUGGAAGUAGAGGGAAACUUCUAGGUGAGGAAAGGACGACGCCAUCGAAUGGAAAUGAUUUGCAUCACGGUAUAUCACAUAGGCAGCAGCAAUGUGGGGUACAUGAAUUUUGGGUGCAGCACCUGGUGGGCCUAAAAGCCCAGAUGUCUGCUAGAAUGCAUACCCUGCGCGACCUGGGAUUUGUGAGCUCUAUACCCCAUGUACUUCAUCAAAUCAGCAGUACCAAGAAAAAUGGCCAUUGCCUUUGAAAAUGAAAUGGAAAUGUCCUCAAUGGAUAAUGAUCCAGUUGGGUGUUGGAGUCUUAAAUUGAGGAAGAUGUGGAAAUGUCCUCGAUGUUUGAUGAUCCAGUUGGGUGUUGUAAAAAUAGCUGCCUGUUCUCCUAACAACAUGUGGAACUCAAUUUCGAUGAGAGUUCAACCUCAAGCAGGACUACUCGUUACAUUCACAAUCAAGUUGGACAUCAUGUGGUGAAGCUUUCCCCCCAAACCAUGUGAGAUAAUUUUGACAAUCUCAUUGGUUGUGAGUUUUACUAAAAUGGCCCCAAUUUGGACUUUGAUCCCCGAAAAAUGAGAAGAAAAAAAUUCCCCUAAUUUUGUAGAAAUAUGUGAGAAAUAGCCAGUGUAAUCUUUCUUUUUUCUUUUUUGGUACCAUUUUAUGCUGUAAUUACUUGUGUAAGUACCAGUUUAUGCUACUUGUUGCUGUUUAUCAAGGAGAGAAACUUUGAUACU